ACCAACCCAAAACGAAACUCACUCGAUCAUGGGAAAAUCAGCUUCCAAACAAUUUGCUGAAGACGUCUUGAAAGCACACAACGACUACAGGAAAAAACACGGAGUUCCCCCGUUAAAACUCUGCAAGAAGUUAAACAGAGGAGCCCAACAGUAUGCAGAAGAACUGGCUACCACGAGGGUCCUCAAGCACAGCUCCGAGUCUGCUAAUGGAAAAUGUGGAGAAAACCUAGCAUGGGCAUCCUAUGACCAAUCAGGAAAAGAUGUGGCUGACAGAUGGUACAGUGAAAUAAAAAAUUACAGCUUUCAAAAUCCAGGGUUUUCUUCUAUGACAGGUCACUUCACAGCAAUGGUUUGGAAGAGCACAAAAAAGAUGGGAGUUGGAAAAGCAUCUGCUAGUGAUGGCUCAACGUUUGUGGUAGCUAGAUAUGAUCCAGCUGGAAAUGUAGUAAAUCCAGGCUAUUAUCAAGAAAAUGUUCUUCCUCCAAGAAAAUAACUUUUUUUUUAAGGUAGUCUUAAUUCUUAAUGACAAGUGAACCUGGAUUUGGACCUACCAGUGUCUGAAAUGAAGCACGAUUCAGUGAAAUUUCCCAUUUGAUGCUGCUGUUCACUUCUCAUUGUGGAGGAAGCAAUUAAAMCUUGUUUGAGUCAAUCUGCACAGUAGGUCCCUGUUGUUAUCUGACCUCAGAUAAUUGGAGGAUGAACUAUAUGCAGCAUUUCUGAAGGGUGAAAUUUGUAAGUUUUUUAUAGUAUUUUGCAUGAACUCUGUGUCAGCAUGUGACUAAGCACAUGUUGGAUGUCUAUUUUUUCUUAAAACCAACAAAUUUAUAGCUUUCUGUAAACUGAAGAUACCAGCUUGUAAUUAUAUUAUGUACUCCCAGCUGUCCAGUACUUUUUAAUAACUGUAUCUUCUUUGCUCUGUCUUUACUUCUUGCUACUGUGGGACCUACUCUCUGCAAAUGGAACAUAUGCAAAACUUCCUGUGUGAAAGGCACACGUGUAAAAUGUAGUGGCGUUCAGACCUGUGUCUGUUUUAUUAAGAGAAUCUCACAGAACACUAAAGGCUGCUGGCAAAACUGUAUCCAUCAGGCAAGACAUAACUAAUGCAUGAUCUGAAAAAAUUGUUUAAAAAUUCCUAUUUAAACAAUUCUAAAAUUGUUUAAAUCCCAGUUUAGGUGCUAAUAUAUAAAAUACAUUUGAGAUGAGUGUAUUUCAAGUUCAAAGUGCAUCUUACAGUUUACAGUUUGUACCUUGURUCAUACUCAAAUUGUUUACUUCUGYUACAGAAAAAUAAGRUUCUACUUUUUGRUAUUUAUGCACAGAAGAGUUUMUUUGGUGGCAUACUUUGGAUUUUACUUCUUAGUAAAUUAUUUUUAUUUCCUAAGGAAUAUCUUUUUCAGGUGUCAUGCUGUACAGCCAAUAACAUUCCCAAAUCAUCUAAUCUCCUUUAGUAAUGUAACAGUAGGGGUGUUCACAAUGUCAUAAUUAAGAGAUGUUUACUCUUUAUUGAUAUUAUUCAAUAAUAGUAAUAUUUCAUAUGUUGGAUUAAUGCCUUGAAAACAAUGAAGACUUAAAUUCCUUAAGAACAAGCCAAGCAAAAAUUCUUAGGAAAGAUAUUUUCUCUGAUAAAUUGUGGAUGGGCCAUUUUGGACAGGUUCACAUACUGUGCUUAAAUCUGGGGUUUUAUUUUCUAUGUAAAUGUUUCUUUUGACUUUUGAUGAGAUUCUAUAUGCCAUAAUUUGGUUCAUAAACAGUGCCAUUACAGAAAUACUUCUUUUUGUUUACACAGUUGUAAUAAACUGCAUUCCUAUGGCUUGAUUAUAUGUCACUGUGAUGCUGUUUGUUAAGAUUUUUUGCUGUAACCAAGAAUUUGACACAUAUCAUGAACAACUGAAAAGUAAAUAUUUUUGAAUAUGAACUACUCAAGCUUUUGUUGUUACCUGAUUCUGAUUCUUUGUUGUAUAAUCCUCAAGUUUUAUUUCCAGCACAUUAACACAUGAUGUUCUUGCUUUUGUAACACGGGGGGGAUAAAAGCAGCAAGAAUUCUAGUCCGGGAAAGAGAGAAGAGACCUUCUAAGAGAGGAUAAAUCAUACAGCAGAUCAUCAGCCCUCAUUUCAUACGCAGACUGAGCUCAGAGUUGAAGCUGAAAAGGCAUCCCUCUUUCUCUCUCGRGCUCUGGCUUUGUAUCUCCUUUCGUUCUGCUGCUCCCUCUCUCGGCUGAYGUGUUGUCAGUAAAGAAAACCCACUUGACUCCCA